AUGGGCCAUAUUGGUAGGGCAUUGACUGACCACGACUUGUCAAUUAUAUUGGAUGACUUUGGAUUAUUAUCUUCACUCUUACUGUUUGAAAAUAAGAAAAACAAAAAGCAGAGGAAAGCAUCCUCCGCCUCCCCUGCAUCAUUACAAAAUUUAAGUACACUGCCUUUCAAAUCUUGUAAAAACAGAUUAAUCAUGUUCCUCACAGUUGUCAGCAGUUUGAUCUUCACAGAGAAGAGGAUGGCAAUGCAGAUUUUCCCGGAAAGUGUGAGAAAAAUCUGGAACAAGUGGGAGCUUUGGGCUAUGGUUUUGAUCAGCCUCAGCUUGCAGGCCAUCCUCAUCCUCAUUGGCAGCUGGAGAAAGCACUCAACUAGUAACAUACUCAGAAUUGUUCUGUGGCUUGCUUACUUGUCAGCAGACUCAGUUGCAACAGUCUCACUUGGCAUACUCUCCAACAACCAAGAAGACUCUCCAGGUGAUUCUGUCAAUCCAGACUAUAUAAUAACAGCAUUUUGGGCACCAUUUCUUCUCUUGCAUCUUGGUGGCCCAGAUACAAUUACUGCUUACUCCUUAGAAGACAACGAAUUGUGGUUGAGGCACUUGCUUGGGAGCAUGGUCCAAUAA